UCCUUUUCCUCUCUCUAUAAUUUACAUACAUACAAAUAUUUAUAUCUAUAUAUAUAAUCUUCCCACUCUAAUAAAUCCGUCCAAAACAACUCAACCAACAUCUUCUUUUCAUAGUUUUCAAAUCUGGGUACACAUACAAAAGUACUUAUACAUAUAUAUAUAUACAACCAUAAAUCUUUUCAUAGAAUUUAAAGUGUUGGGUCUUUUAAGGACAUGGAACAGAAGCACAUUUUGUUGUCUGCAUUGAGUGUUGGUGUGGGUGUGGGUGUUGGCCUUGGAGUAAACAAGUGGAGUGGCGGCUGUGUUGAAGACGGCGGCGUCACGGCGGCGCAGAUUGAGCAGGAGCUUCUCCGGCUUGUUGUGCGUGUGGAUAAUGAUGAUAAGGAUACAUUUAAGGAAUUUCCUUAUUAUAUAAGCGAACGGACAAGGUGGUUGUUGACAAGUGCAGCAUUUGUUUAUCUAAAACACCUGGAUGUUUCUAAGCAUACCAGAAAUCUUUCACCUGCAAGUAGAGCGAUACUGCUCUCAGGACCUGCCGAAUUUUAUCACCAAAAGUUAGCAAAGGCUCUAUCACAUGAGUUUGAAGCAAAAUUGCUAGUGUUAGACAUGGUUGACUUUUCUAGAAAGAUGCAGAGCAAGUAUGGUACAUCUAAAAAAGACUCGUCUGUCACAAGAUCCAUCUCUGAUAUGGCAUUGGAACGGAUGUCCAGUUUACUUGGAUCGUUCUCUGUGUCACAAGAAGAUGGUGGAGGAUGUAAGAGAAGAAAUGGCUCAGCUACCAAAUCCAGGAAUACAGAAUUCAAAAAUUCCACCGUCACUUCAGAUACUACUUCUCUUAGUUCACAGUCCUCUUCUUCAAAUUUAGCCACUCUCAAGCAUGUGAGCAGCUGCCCUUUUGAUGAAAAAGUAUUUUUGCAGACACUAUACAAGGUUUUAGUCUCUUUCUCUGAAACAAACGGAAUCAUUCUCUAUGUCAGGGACGUAGAGAGGUUUCUUAAAUCACAACGGACAUAUGAAUUGUUUGAUAGAAUGUUAAAGAAGCUAUCAGGGUCAACAUUAGUUAUUGGUUCCCGGAUAUUGGACCCACGUGAUGAAAUUGUUGAUGUCGAUGAAAAAAUCGCCAGCUUAUUUCCUUACAAUAUUGAUAUCAACCCACCUGAAGACGAGUCUCAUCUCAAAGACUGGACAGCACAAUUGGAAAAGCAAAUGAAGGACAUCCGGUUUCAGGAAAACAAAAAUCAUAUUGCCGAGGUGUUAGCUGCAAAUGAUCUUGAGUGUGAUGAUCUAGGUUCAAUUUGUCACGUUGACACAAUGUUUAUCAGUAAUUACAUACAAGAGAUAGUGAUAUCUGCAAUUUCUCAUCACUUAAUGAGUCACAAAGAUCCUGAAUAUCGAAAUGGAAAGCUCGUCAUAUCGUCUACCAGUUUGUCACAUGGAUUGAGCAUUUUCCAAGAGGAUAAUUGUGGUGGAAAAGAUACUUUAAAGCUGGAGACAAAUGCCGAAACAUCAAAGGGGUCAGAAGGUGAUGAAAAUGUUGCAUCAAAGUCAGAUAACAAAAAUGAGACCGAAAAACCAGUUCCUCCAAAACCGGAAGUUCCGGACAAUGAGUUUGAAAAACGUAUAAGACCAGAGGUUGUACCUUCCAGUGAGAUUGGUGUAACAUUUGCAGACAUUGGGGCCCUUGAUGAAAUAAAAGAGUCCCUACAGGAGUUAGUUAUGCUUCCACUUAAAAGACCAGAUCUUUUCAAUGGCGGACUUCUUAAACCUUGCCGUGGUAUAUUAUUAUUUGGCCCUCCAGGUACCGGAAAAACAAUGCUAGCUAAAGCAAUUGCUAAUGAAGCUGGAGCAAGUUUCAUAAAUGUGUCGAUGUCAACCAUCACUUCAAAAUGGUUUGGGGAAGAUGAGAAGAACGUGCGAGCUUUAUUCACUCUUGCAGCAAAGGUUUCUCCAACUAUAAUUUUUGUAGAUGAGGUUGAUAGCAUGCUUGGGCAAAGAACAAGAGUGGGAGAACAUGAAGCUAUGCGGAAAAUAAAAAACGAGUUCAUGUCACAUUGGGAUGGAUUAUUGACUAAACCUGGUGAGCGGAUUCUUGUUCUUGCAGCCACUAAUAGACCAUUUGAUCUUGAUGAAGCCAUUAUUAGGCGGUUUGAACGCAGAAUCAUGGUGGAUCUACCAUCAGUAGAGAACAGAGAAACGAUAUUGAAAACUCUCUUAGCAAAAGAAAAGGUGGAAAAUUUAGACUUUAAGGAGCUUGCAGUAAUGACAGAAGGAUUUAGUGGAAGUGACCUUAAGAAUUUAUGUGUAACAGCAGCCUAUCGACCAGUGAGAGAGCUAAUGCAGCAAGAGAGACAAAAGGAUAUUGACAACAAGGCACGCGACGAAGCACAAAGUGAGAAGAAAGAAGAUAGUGAAAGUGUUAUUACACUGAGACCAUUAAACAUGGAAGAUAUGAGGCAGGCAAAGACUCAAGUGGCAGCUAGUUUUGCGGGUGAGGGGUGCGUAAUGGGUGAGCUGAAACAAUGGAAUGAUUUGUAUGGGGAAGGUGGUUCGAGAAAGAAAGAGCAAUUAAGUUACUUCCUGUAAAUCAAAAUCAGUGAAACGGCAACGUUCAUCUAGAAAGGGUGAUGCAGACCGACUACAUACUGGAAUGUGAAAUGUAACAUAAUUUAUGUCCUGAUAAUUGAUGUACCACAUUUGAAAUGAAUCUGGGCGGGGAAAAUUGGUCUGUUUGUGAUUUGAAAGUAAAGAAUGAGGAACAAAUGAAAACUAUCAUGUCAUGUAAAUUGGGGAUUGGAAUUUGUUUAGUCAUAUUUCAUUGUAAAUUAUAUGGGUUGAUUAUUGGUUAA